AAAGAAAUAAGAAAUGGCAUCAGCAUCAGGUGGAGAUGUACCAGCGGGUCGAGAAAAAGAUAGUAAAUAUCGUGCAUACGCAAAAGCCAUCGAUCAGGCGUUGAAAACAUUCGAAACACCCAAUGAAUGGGCUGAUCUCAUUUCGGCACUCGGAAAAUUGGCUAAAGUAUUCCAAUCAAACGCUAAAUUCUGUGCGAUACCAAAUCGGGUAACCGUCGCGAAACGUCUGUCACAAUGCCUUCAUCCAGCACUCCCUAUGGGUGUCCACCUAAAAGCCCUCGAAACGUAUCGUCAAAUCUUUGAAAUUCUCGGGCCGAAUAAGCUUCCCGAAUGUCUAUAUCUAUUCGCUGUCGGCCUAUUCCCUCUAAUGGAUCACUGUGGAAUUAAGGUUAAAUCCGAGCUAUUCACAAUAUUUGAGAACUAUUUGGUACCACUUGGAGCAAAUUUACGGCCCGCAUUGCCCGGAUUCUUGGGUGGAGUUUUGUUGGCGUUGGAGGAGGGAACAGAGUUUUAUGAGAGAUCCUUCAUUCUUCUGGAUCGAGUCUGCGAAAAAGUAGGCCCACGGGCCUUCUACGCGUGCCUCUGGCAGGCAAUUCUCGGCUCACCGCCCGUUCGAUUACCCGCCAUGAUCUACGUGAACGCGAAAUUCGACAAAUUAAAGAGCCUCGAUGAUCAGAUUCAUUUGGUUGGAGAUCAUGUUAAUCAUAUGGUAGCCGCCCUGUGUGCAGUAGCCGAUGAUACAGGUUCUCCACUUGUUCAACGGUAUCUUUUGGAUUUCCUAGUCGCCGCAUUUCCAUUGGAUAGUACUAAUCUGACGAAUGAAGAUUUUGUUCAACUUCUCCGAAGAUGUCUUUUUGUAGUGCUUCGGAGAGAUAUGUCAUUGAAUCGACGUCUUUAUACGUGGCUUAUUAAUCGAAGUGGAGAGACGAAAGGUGUCUCAGGCCUCUCACUCGGCGGACCCGAUGACGGAAUUGAGCUCACAUUUUUCAAGGAACGAGUGCUCGGCCUUGUACACGGAGCUCUUGGUGAAUAUCUUGCUCUUGACACUAUCGAAACUCCCUUUGCAAAUCAUCAAAAUUCAAUGUGGGGAGAUCGAAAAGAAGCGGAGCAGGUCCAAUUCGCGGAGGUUCGAGUAUGUCGGCUUCUGCUCUACCUACAGGAUCGAGCCGAUAUUGGAAGGACGAUUUUGGAAACAGUUUUUGCGGAUUUUUUGAAAAAAUCUGCAGAAUUUCAUUCGAGCAGCAACAGCUCCUCACUGAAAAAGAGCCCCAGAAAGAUACAGCAAAGUCUGAAAAAUCCGCGAAAACCCGGAGAUCGAGAGGGUCUUUAUCUUGAUUUGAAUUCGGUGUGCUCUACGUCCAAUAAGGAUGAUGAUGUCACUUCUGUGACGUCAUCAGCAGCAGCAAAUGCCAGUUCUGCUCCGCCACCAGACGAAGAGGAUUUGGUCCAAGCACGGAGAAUCGAUGAGUUAUCGAAAACUUUCAAUAUGCUCUUAAAUUCACUGGAACCCGGUUUCUUGUGGACAUUUCUUGGUGAUUGGUAUCGACGGAUUGUUGAGAAUAACGAAUUUGAACGACAGAUUCAUGAUUUUUCGCAGGUUGUCUCAGUGUGCCUAGAAAUGUGCAACGUGGAAAGUGAUCCAACAAUUCGAACACAACAUUUGCCACGUCUCCUGGAAACUGUAUUAGAAGGAGUUUCGAACAAGAAUCUACUAUCAUCUUGUGAUCAAUCGGAUCUUCUCCAACUCUACACUGUCUGUCAGAAGCUUCUAGAAAUUAGUACUGCACAUCCACCAUCACCGAUUGAAGUUGACGAAAUCGCCGAGGAUUCGUUGUCGAUGAGCCAGGAGGUCACCGCUAUUGAGCAUGAACGAAGUCAAACCGACGCCUGCCUAUCCCAAUGCCUAUCUGCCCUCUCCGCAAUUUUCGAAAUCUACACAACUCGACGUGAAGCCUCUCUGAUCCCCCUAAUCGAUGCCUCAACGACACUUUUAAACGCUUUCCUCGAAGUUCCAAUCUACUAUUUGGGUUUUGGAAUUGUCGAUAAUCCUGGAGACUAUUGUCGAGAAUCGUCGGAAGAAGUUCAGCCAUGGCUCAAGAAUAUGCUCAAAGUGAUUGAUGGUCCUGGAUGGCUUCGAGAGAUGCGUGCUGGCUUGUGUGCUGACGUUUCGGCUCGAGCAUCACUUCUGGAACUGCUCUGCAAGAUUUAUGUGAAAUCUGUGCAAGUUUUAGAGCAACACGAAGAGGCUGCACAUCGUCCACAUGAUGAUUUUUACGAUGAGAUGACUCAUGUUCUUCUGAAACCACUGCUCGCGAAACGAGAUUGUCAAUUUAUUGAGCAGGGAAAAGUAUUCGGAACGUGCGGAGAAGCUGUAUGGCUUGGAAUUGGAUCUAGGAAAUUUUGUACCGAACAGCAACGACUUGCGAGGCUUCUCGUCGAACUUCACUCCAGAAGACCUCUUGAAGCUUCCAGUGAUGUUGAGAGUAUUGUAGUUCAGUCGCUUACUUCUACGGAUGAUCUUGUAUGCUCCGAAGCUGCACGGACAUUUCACAGGAUUUGGGUCUUGGCACGAAAUCUAGAAGAUCGUGAACAACAGGGAAUUCCAUAUCAGAAGCCAUUCAAUCGAGCUGUCAUGAUUCUUCUCGGUGUGCUCGCCGACGAGAGUGUCGCCAAAACGAGAACUGAGCUGAAAGCGGCUGCGGCAGAGUGGUUCCAUGAUUGUUCGAAGCAUCAGGAUUUGCCGCGGAUUGUUCAGAUGCUGUCGACGAUGCUCAUGAAUCCUGUCACAGCGCGGAUCUCUAUUCAAUACAUUCGACAGGAGACGAAAAUGACGACGGACACUUGUCCUGUUAUUCCAGCCGACAUCUCCGCGGUAACUCUUGUAACAAUCGAUGGAAAACAACGUCUCUACCAUGUUACUGGUCAACCUGCCAUCGAUUCAUCAUCUACAGAAUCCACAUGGAUCACGGAAGUUCGGAAUCGAUUGCUCCGAACGUCGACAGGAGAAGAUUCAGGCGAUCCUUCAGCAGCUGGUGCAGCUGGAAUUCUCCGAUCGUCAUCACCAGAUCCUGAUGUUGUUCCGGCAUUUGAUGAUGAUACAGACUCGCUGGAUACACUUUCAAUGAGUGAUUCAAUUGAUGAGACAGUUAUUCAUGUGUUGAGAGAGAUUGUAGAUCAAGUUUGUGAAGAAUUUAAUGAAGAAGAUUUGGAAAGAGAACGAAUUAUGACAAUGUUUGCGAUGGAUAAUGUUGAGCCGACUGGUGCCAGUUUUAAUCUCCCCCACGAUAGUGAAGCUGACGAUGAAGUUGCUGAGCGACCCGCUCCAAUCUGCCCAGAUUCACUGGUUCAACGUGUCAAAAAAGGUCAUCGCCGUCAGGAUUCCCUUCAAGAAUCGAUUUUCAACAUGACUGACAAGGAUCUGAGCGCAUUCGACACUUCGGAGAUUUUCAGACCAUCUACAGAAUCAGUGUCACGUGGAACUGGAGCUGGAGCCGCCGCCGCCGCCGCCGCAGCUGGAGCAUCAUCAAAAGAUACAAUACUCCCGGGUACUGUAUCAUCGGCAAGCUCGACAAGCUCAGCUGCCGGUGGAACAUCAUCGUUGUUCGAGGAAAUGCACACACAUAUGCUGCUCUAUGGAGAAAGUGGAAAAGUUGUGGAUUUGGCGCGUGCCGAGACCGCUUUCAGAAUUCUCACUGCACUGUUGGCACCACGUGGAGCCACUGGAAAUCGGAUGCUCUUGAAUUGUCUUGUUUCGUCUGGAACUACAACGACGUCGGAUUCCAGUGCUGAGCACAGUUUGGUGGAGCUUAUGAAUCGGCAUGUUCGAGCGAUUCUCGGACAGCAUUUCUGGUCGGCGCCCGCGUCCGAUGAGGAGAAGCAUAAGCAUAUUACGUUGUUGGAACUGUUGAUUACGAUCUCCCUCCACUUCCUGCGUUCCUACUUCCUCAACUCUCCAAUAUCCCCAGUCACGGAAGCCGACUUAACAUCCCUCUGGAAAUGCAAAAUCUCGGCAUUGGAAUUCCUGUGCGAACUGUUCCGUGAGCUCUCAGCAAUGCUCAAUGAGCACGAAUCGAAACAAUUCGUACAAUUCGUGCAGACCAUUCUGAAUCGAUCGAAACUUCAGAAAUGUAUACUCCAUUUGUUGCUCACCGCCGUAGAUCAUAAUCCGAUGGAGAGCAGUAGUAGUAAGAAGACGGGCGGUGGUGGUGGUCCGUUGUCAGUGUCGAUUAGCAAGUUCAAUGAGGGUCUACUGGGAGAAUCGAGACGUCUUUCGCCGUUGCUCGCCGCCUACCAUCGGAGCCUGCUCACGUUCACGUCUCAUGCGAUUCGUCUGGAAUGUGAUAUUAAACGGGGAUUCGCAACGUUUUCUGAUGCCAACUCCUCGCACCGUUUCUCCAUCAUCCAAUCCGUAAUGAAUCAAUCAUUCAACAAUCGAACGUCUCGAGUCGACAAUCACGCUUCUACUGUCGAGCUCCGCGCAUUUCUGCUCAUUUUGCUUAACGCUCUCAAAAAACAGCCGCAUCGACACGAAAUGUGGCUACAAUUCGUCGUACAGAUUCUACCGUGGGUCGAGAGAUCACUAGCGACAAUUGUGUGCCGUGUCGUUGAGCAACUAUGCAAGAAUAUGGAGAAUGCGAUGAGUGUCGCGUACGAGAAUCCACCGACUAGUGACGUUGUCGUUGAUAGUCCUGGUGAUGUACGUGAUGAACCGGAUUGCUACCCGGCGAAUUAUUUGGCAAUGACUAUGGAAUUACUUACCACUCUUGUUCAUUUCUGUGUUAUUGAUAGUGUACCGACAUCAGCGGUGGCUGGAGGAGCCCCGGGAGUUGGCGGAGCCGGUGGUGUGACGUCAUCAUCGGGUGGUGUGCAACAGGUAAUCCACGAGAACGCUACUCCAACACCAUCAUCAACAUCAAUGGUUGGUCAUGCAAUGUCAGUUAUUCCCGGAUCAAAAGUAGCGACAGAACUAUUCUCCCAAUUGGGAAAAGUAUUCUCAAUGAGUGGAGACUCUGGCGGUGUCAUAUCAAAACUCGACAGUUCCCGACAACAUGGAAAUGGAUGGCGUCAAGCACAAUCAGACAUGCUCUCAUCACUUCCACACUCUCUUGCCACUAUUUGUAAUGUAUGGACUGUUGUCCGCAGGGCUCAGCCACCGAUUGUACCAAUUGGAACGAAUAGUCAGUUGAGACGGCUUGUGCUCCAUCUCCUAUCACCUAUUGCUCAAUAUCAUAAGCACGCAUUCCUAACGUCUCUUGCGUUGGUUUGGCUCACGCGGAGCACUGCGAAACCUACAGUAACCCUUCGGAAACAGGAUCCAGAUCGAGCGACGUUUGAGUAUUCAUCUGCACAAUUGGAUAUUACUAAUCUUUUGCUAUCACUUCAAGUUAUUCCAUUUGAGGAUCUCAUCUCAUCAGUCAACUCAACACUCCGUGAAGCGUCAUUCAAGGCGAAUAAAGUCGGAAUCACUACAAUCGACAAAGCGAAUUUUCCAACCGAAGAGCCCCUACUGGAACUUGUUCAUUCAUGUGUUUCAGCUGUACUUCAGACACAGCUCCGUUUGUGUUGGAGCUCACUUUUAUCCCUAUUCUCAGAAGCUCCACUUUCAGCGCUCUCUGCCAGAGCUGUUUUCUUACUUUUUGUAAUCCUGAGUGACUUUGUGAAAUGUGUUGGCGGUGCGUACAUUGUUGAGGACAAGGCAAUGUAUCGUAAUGUGCAAGAAGUUUGCUCCCGUCUAGCAGAAGCCGUCAAUGCAAUUGUCGGUUGGCAACUGGAAACAACCACUUGGCUUAAGCGUACUCUCGUCGUGAAGCAAGAUCAUGGAUCUUCAAUAUCUUCAAGUAUUCGAUCAGUUGAUCAGAGUCCGAUUAUUGAAAUUCAAAGUUCAAUGUCGAAUGUAUCAGGAGGAGGGGGAUCAUUGGAUAAUCCAUCUGGAAGUACACGAAAUUCAACGUUAAGCCUUAUCAAUAAACCUGGAGGAUCUAUUGGAACUGGAAGUAGUGUUACAAGUACUUUGGUUGACUCAAAAAGUGAAAAUAUGAAGAUUGAGAAGAAGAGCUCGUCGAAUUUGAGAGCAUCCAUUAAGGAUACCAAUAACAACCGUCGUGAUCCCGCACACAGUACUCAAGCGUUGUUCUUGUUGGCUGAACGGUUGACAGACCUCCUGGACUCGGUGAGCAAAUCAGAUGAAAAAGACAAAGUACUACCGACACUUCAAGCAGUUUGGGCGAAUGUUGUACCCUACCUGAAGGCAAAAAACGCUCGAAAUGCUCGUUUCUUCCUUGCAAGCUCUCAACUACUUGCAUCAAUGUCAUCGUAUUCCUACAUGAGACCUGUAUGGAAAAAGACAACGCUGGAUCUUUUACUCGAUUCAGGAUUCUUUAAAAUGGAUCAUUCAGCGUUGAAACAGUGGCUUGUCGUUACAGAUCAUCUUAUGACACAUGAUAGAACUAGUUUUAAGGAUCUUCUGAAGAGUAUCUCAUAUUCUCCGAACACCUCCUUCUCAAUUAUGACAUCAAAAGAGCAAGAAUACGAAGCACGUGCUCAGGCACUGAAACGACUGACUUUUGUCGUUUUUGGUAGUCAAUUAGAUCAAUAUCACGGGCAGAUGAAUGAUAUUCAAGAACGUCUCUCGGAUAAUCUUCGAGUUUCCCAAUCUCCGGUUAUCCGUUCAGCCGUAUUUCUGUGUAUUCGAGUACUUCUUCUCCGACUCCGCCCACACAGUUUGAUUGGUGUGUGGCCUAUUAUGGUUACAGAGCUCGUUCACGCACUAUCACAGCUUGAACAACAAUUACAAAGUGGUGAACAGGAUUCGGGAGCCACGGCGGCGUCUUCAGAUCAAUGGAUGCAACUAUACGUGGCCGCUUGUAAACUAUUAGAAACUCUGUGUACUCUUCCAGCCGGUUAUCUCUCACAUUUCCAAAUGUUUCACUGGGCAUUUGUAUCAUCUGUAUCAGCUGAUAAAACUGAAAUAUUCAAACCAUUUGCCGAGAGAAUUAAUGAUUUACUGGCGAAAAAAUACGGAGAACUGCUGACGCCAGAGACGAUGAGUAAUCAUACGGCUUCACUUGGUGCCGUUAAAAUUCUCACGUCUUUUGAAGAACUUCGACCAUUCUUUUAUACACUUGCUAAUUUGAAUAAGUCGGUGCCUGAGAGCAAUAACACACUCCGCGACGCUCACGCUCUCUCCGGAAGCCUUACCUACAAAAACGCCGUGGCCCGACUCGAAUCGGCUCUCUACGUGGAUUUUUCUGAACAUUUGCAAUUUUAAAAGUGUCUGUGGAAAUGGAAAUAUCAUUCUAAUUAUUGAUUAUUGCUUUAAAAUUCCCCCGUUUUUCUCCUAAUAUCAUUUUUUUUCGUGUACAUAUCUCGUGGAAAUUGUGGAAAUUCUCCAUUUUCACCAAUUUUCCGCUUCAAAAAUCCCACCCUUUCCCCCUCCCCGCCUGUGAUACAAAAAUCGAUUCAUUUCUUUCUUUCCCCGGAUUUCUUUUUUUUUGUUCCAGAUUUUAUUUAUUCUUCCGCUGCUACUGGGUAGGCAACAUUUUUAUUUCCAACUUUUUUCGACUUUUUUUUGUUCCAAUUCCGAGUGUUUCCCUGAUUAUCGAUCGAAAUCCCCCAGAUAUACGAUUUAUUGCAAUUUCUUUAAUUUUUUCUGCGUUCCUUCUCUUCUCCCCGUCACUGCUUUCGUAUUAUUAUUACUGUUCCUAUACAUGAUGAAAUAAAUAUACACGUUUG